GGAUGAAGUCCUGCAUGGGGCUCCCUGCUUGGCGGGGAGCCUGCUUCUCCCUCUCCCUGCUUGUGCUCUCUCUCCCUCUCUCUGUCAAAUAAAUAAAUAAUCUUAAAAAAAAAAAAAAGUUAUCAAGUCAUGCAAAGACGGGGCGGGGGGCACCUGAGAUCCUUCAUCCUUACCGUAAGAGUGUUUCUGUAAAAUAAAUUCAUAAAAACAGAAUUGCCGGCUACAGGUGAGCGUAACGUUCCCGCCGGCUGGGUCCUGUUGGAGAACCUGAUGCCGCCCUCGCUGUCCUUGGCAUUAAUCUGGCCUCCAGCUGCAGGCCAGGCACUCGCUGCCAUGGCUGCCAGAUCUGGGGCAACGUUAGGGGCCUCUCCGUAUCAGGUAUCGUCUAAAAUAGAGGCCUUUUACGAUGACGUUGGAGCUGUCAGUGAAUAGUUUUUAAAAAGCCCUCAGAACGCUGUCUUUCAGUCCCUCCCAUGUGCUGCCUGAACCUCGGUGUUGAGUGGACACCUGCCCGAUGGCACCAUGACCUGUGUGUUUGAUUCCAGACAGGCCGACGGCCGCAAAGUGCUGCGGUCGAGCAUCCGCGAGUUCCUGUGCAGUGAGGCCAUGUUCCACCUGGGCAUCCCCACCACACGGGCCGGGGCCUGCGUCACAUCGCGGUCCACGGUCGUGCGAGACGUGUUCUAUGACGGUAACCCGAAGUACGAGCAGUGCACGGUGGUGCUGCGUAUAGCUUCCACUUUCCUAAGGUUCGGGUCCUUUGAGAUUUUUAAGUCCGCAGACGAGCACACGGGGCGCGAGGGCCCUAGCGUGGGGAGAAAUGACAUCCGAGUGCAGAUGCUGGACUACGUGAUCAGCACCUUUUACCCUGAGAUCCAGGCCGCGCACGCCGGUGACCGUGUGCAGAGGAAUGCCGCCUUCUUCCGGGAGGUGACCCGCCGCACGGCCCGGGUGGUGGCUGAGUGGCAGUGUGUGGGCUUCUGCCACGGCGUGCUCAACACGGACAACAUGAGCAUCGUGGGGCUUACCAUCGACUACGGGCCCUUCGGCUUCCUGGACAGGUACGACCCCGACCACGUGUGCAAUGCCUCCGACAACGCCGGGCGCUACGCAUACAGCAAGCAGCCCGAGGUGUGCAAGUGGAACCUGCAGAAGCUGCUGGAGGCUCUGGAACCCGAGCUGCCCCGCGAGCAGGGGGAGGCCAUCCUGGCCGUGGAGUUCGACGCGGAGUUCCGCCGGCACUACCUGCAGAAGAUGCGCAGGAAGCUGGGCCUGGUGCGCGCCGAACUGGACGGCGACGCAGCGCUGGUGGCCGGGCUCCUGGAGACCAUGCGCCUGACUGGGGCCGACUUCACAAACACCUUCUACUUGCUGAGCUCCUUCCCAGUCGGGCCAGAGUCCCUGGGCCUACCUGAGUUCCUGGCCGCGCUGACCGCACAGUGUGCCUCCCUGGAGGAGCUGAAGCUCGCCUUCCGACCCCAGAUGGAUCCCCGGCAGCUCUCGAUGAUGCUGAUGCUGGCACAGUCCAACCCUCAGCUCUUCGCGCUCAUCGGCACACGGGCAAACAUCACGAAGGAGCUGGAACGCGUGGAGCAGCAGUCGCGGCUGGAGCAGCUGAGCCCGGCGGAGUUGCUGAGCAAGAACAGGGGCCACUGGGCUGAGUGGCUCCAGGAGUACAGGGCCCGACUGGAGGAGGACAGGGAGGGCGUCGGCGACAGCGAUGCCUGGCAGGCUGAGCGCACACGUGUCAUGCACGCCAACAACCCCAAGUACGUCCUGCGGAACUACAUUGCACAAAAUGCCAUCGAGGCCGCCGAGAACGGAGACUUCUCAGAGGUGAGGCGGGUGCUGAAGCUACUGGAAACCCCUUACCACAGGGACGGGGAGGCCACCGAGGUCCCAGAGGCCACCGAGACUGAGGGGGCUGGCGGGGCAGACAGUGGGGGGCUCUCCUACAGCAGCAAGCCCCCACUGUGGGCGGCUGAACUGUGCGUGACGUGAUCCUCGUAAUGGCCUUGGAGGUCUCCACACAUGGAGCCCCCGAGGCCCUGGAUCCCACCGAGUCCUUGAGGCGGUGUGCACCCCGUGGACAGCCCCACCCCGUCUCUCCAUGAUGGCCCCGUCUCUCCAUGACGGCCGAGACGUCCAGUCAGGACCUGACCCGUCUCUGUCUGACACAGACUCAGCAGCCCAGCCCCACGCUCAGCGCGCUCCCUAGAAAAGCCGCUUUAUGCAAGGACAGGAGCUCAGCGGAGGGAAGCAAACUCGGGGGGGAGGGGGGCGGCGGGCAGAGCAGCCCCGGCCCACCUUGCAGGCCUCAGAGAAGCUGGCACAGCGUGGCUCCUGCCUACUGGGGAGACACGGCCCCCAAAUAAACCAGCAGCUUCCCUGGCC